GCGGGAGGUCCGCUCUCCCACUUCCGUUUCCGCCGGUGGUGGUUAUGGCGCGAAGGAGCGGCCGGAAUGGGAGGGCGGCCCCUGAGGACCCGUUCCAGGAGGGCGACGAGGCAGACGAGGACUUCGCCGCGCCGCCGAAGAAAGCUCGCCCCGCCGGGAAAAGAGUUCCCCUCGGUGAGAAACUUUUCCAGAGAGACUUGGAAGUUACCUUAGCCCUGUCAUUGAAUGAAUAUUUGGGAAACAAAGAUAAAAUUCGGAAAAAAGAUGACCGUGCCGAACCGAAGGCAGCCGUAGAGGAUUUCAAACAGGAAGCUGUGUUAUCCACACCAGAGACGGACAACGAUGAAAACUUACGUGCCAAUCAGGAAAACUCUCAGCCACUUUUGGAGAUUGAAUUAGGUUCUUCGGAAUCUGUUGGGAAGCCAUUGAAAACCUCAAGCCCUUCAGUGGCCAAGAAGCCCAGCUGGACACCCCCAGGUGCAUCUGGAAGCAAAACCAGCCCGUUGGGAAGAGCCCCUGUUAGAUCACCAGUUCAUGGUCUCCGCCUUGGCCUCUCCAGACUUGCCAAAGUGAAACCUUUGCACCCACCUUGUGCCGGUACCUAAGGUUGGCACGGGAAGGCUGCAGUUUGAGGUGGAACAGAGGAGAAAUCCGUUUUUUUAAAAUACAGAACCAGACGUGAGCAAUAAAGGCAUCCCAGUUUGGAAAAAGCUUUGCCUUUUAAAAAUGGGUUCUGAAAAAAAUGGAACUAUUGUCCCUUAAAAUACCCAGCAAUAACGCCACGGGGUUUAUUUAUUGUUCCUCAAAAGAUCUAAGUGAUAAUGCCACGGUUCCAUCUUCUUUCCCUCAAAAGGGUUGGCCAAUGAAACACAACCCAACCUUUCUAGGUUCGAUCCCAGUUUGGCCAGUUCUAGCUUUUGAGGAUUGCGUAACCAGCAACAGUGGUUCGGAGCAUCUGUUGACCAUGUAGAGCCGUGUUUCCCAACCGUGGCAACUUUUAAGAGGUGUGGACUUCAACUCCCAGAAUUCCCCAGCCAAACCCUGGGGAAUUUGGGGAGUUGAAGUCCACGGUUGAGAAACAGAAUGUGUCUAGAGAAUGUGUUUUAAAACCACUAUGAAAGCAAUGUUAUUCCCUCCUUGAUUUUAUUUCUAAUAGAAAACACAGUCAUUGCCAUCAGUUUACAGCUGUUGUUUGCCUGACCAAUGAAAUGCGGGUUCAGCUUCUAGUCCUUGCAGGCAUUACUCGCUCUUUGAAUGAGAUACUGAAUGUAGUGAUCGAACGUAUUUAUCAUCGCGACUUUAGACAAUGAAAUAAAUUUUUUUUUUAGAAAAAACAA